AUGGCCGCGCCACCACCACAGCCGCCACCACCGUCGCCGCACCUCUCCAUCUCAUCACCCGCUUCUCACUCUUCAUCACUCUUCUUCUACAGCCUCCCAAAACACUCCCCCGAUAACUCUGAAAUUACAUUCUUGCCAUCCUCAUCGUCCCCGGCCAAUUCUUCUUCUCUCUCGUCCAAAAUUCCGGCGCAAGCCCAACGGCCCAUCAUCUCGAAGCAACCCAUUUUGCUCUUUUCUGGUCUUGAUCCCCCCGCCGUGGACACCCAGACUUUCUUGGUCACUGUCAGUGUUUUGGUUGCUAUUGGGCUCUCUCUUGUUCUUGGCCUCAAGCCCACCCUCAAUAUGCCUAGUGGCACUAAGUGUGUAUUCUGCAGUGACGGUAAGAUGAAAGUUGAGGCGGGUCUUGUAGAUUGUAAAGUGUGCAAAGGUGCAGUCAGUCGGAAUGAAAAGAGCUCUUUACAAGAACCUACACUG